AUGAUGAAUACUAAUACUAAUGAACGUGAAUUUGAAUUAUUACGUGAACGUUAUAUAAGAUUAGCGGAUAUUCAUGGACAAUUACAAACGCAAAAUAGUUUGUUAGAAGAAAAAAUUUUAACAAUUGUUGAAUUAUAUGAAAAUGAAAAAAGUCAAUUAGAACAAUCAUUAGGAGAUGCUAAACAUCAAAUAACAUAUUUACAAGAAACGGUCAAUGAAUUACAAAUUGAAAAACAACGAUAUAAAGAUGAUUGUAAUUUAGCUGUUAGACUUUUACAUCGACAUCCAAAUGAAUUUAUUUCAACAUCAACAACAGGACAAAUUCAAGAAGAAUUAAAGAAUAGAUUUGAAUCGACAUCUACAAAUCAACCUAUUCCAGCACAACGUAGUAUUCUAAUACCAACUUUUCCACCAACGUUUAUGGCGCAACUUCCAUCAAUUUCUUUACCAACAACAACUACAAGUUCUUCAACUGUUAAUACACAGACGAUACCAUCUAUGACAACAACUAAUGAUAAUCUUCGUGCUGCGGCUGAAGCACUUUUUAAAUCGAAUAGUGUUCAUCGUUCUCCAUCUCAACAAGUUACAUGUUCAAAUUGCCAACGAUCUAUUAAACGUUGUGAUGUUAGUGUUCAAACUUCUCUUGAUGAUAAAUCGGAUGAUAGUGCAACAUCUCGAUUACGUCUUGUAUCGCUUACUUCAUCUGAUGAUGGUCAUAGUGGUGAUGGAUCAUGGCUUCCACUUGAUUCACCUCAUCCACCUCUAGUAGUUCAAGAGCAUCCAACAAGUUUUUCAAGACCAAUAUCUCAACAUAAAGGAUAUGAUGCAAUACCAGUUCGUUCAAUACCAAGAAUGCAUCAUGUUUAA